GGGGGGUCUUUAUGUCCAUAUAAGAUGUGCGUUGCUCUCAGUGGCUGCGUAGCAUCAUGGACGGCCUCGGGAUGUGUGACGAAGACCAACUUCAUACUGACAAGGCAGUCGCGAACGCUCAGACGCCUUUGCUGCCUGGCCCACGAGCCGACCGCAGGCGGGCAGAUGACGAUCGUCGCAGCGUUAGGGUUCACUUGUUCCGCUACUUCUUCUGCGCCUUCGCUCUUCUAGUCUUCUUCGUGCACGUUCUCUCGGAUAAAGUCCGCUACAAAACCCUUCAUGUCCUAGGGCUUGGUAGCAGCGACUCGACAAUGAACGCGAACGAAUGUUGGCCCAUCCCGGACGACAUCAACGUUGUCGACUGUCGCGAGUGGGAGGUCCGAGACGGCACCCCUUGUGUCGGCAAAGCUUCGUUUAGGUUCGCCUUGCCUGCGGACGAGCUCUUCGCACUCUCUCGUGGGCCGCGCUCGCACGGCGUCGUCCGCAUCCGACAGAGCGCCGAUCCGACCGACGAUGUUCGCAUCGAAGUUGAGGCUCGUUCAGAAGUUCCUGCCGGACUGGUUCACGCGAAGGCCUGCUUGUCCAGGCGCGAGGGCAGCGACGAUACUGCUGGUAUUGGCCUCUUUACCGACAGAUGGUGGGAUGAACACGCUCAUCGCCACUACCGUGGCGUCCGCUUCGACGUCGAGAUCAUACUCCCCAAGCAUGAAGAUGUCCUGCAAAUCAUCAAGAUGAGCACGGACGUGCCCAACUUCCAGCAAUCCGUCGCAGGUCUGGCGGACACGGUACUCUUCCAGGAGCUUGAUCUGCGCUCGGCCAAUGGGCGGAUUAAUGCAGAGUCCCUUCGCGCUGUACACGGCAAGGUGGAGACGCGGAAUGGACAGAUCGACGGCACGUUCUACGGCGAGGAGUAUAUGGCUUUGCACACCACGAACGGCCUUGUCGACGCAACGGCCUCCGCCAAUGUCACGGACAUCCGUACGACCAACGGCGCAAUUCAGGGUCGGUAUGCGGCCAGUCGGGAACUCAGUCUCUGGACCUCGAAUGGCCAGAUCUCCGCGUCCGUUGCGCUGGAGAACGACCCCCAAGGUCCGCCGACCAAGGCUACGCUGCAGAACUCGAAUGGCCGUAUCCAGGUCGAUACGACGCUGAUCUCGACUGAAGGCUCUGCAGGAUCCUUCAUCGUCAACGCGCAAACCCACAACGCCGCCCUCAACCUCGACUUCGUCUCCGCUCCUCUCGACGCCGCUCUCAACCUCGAGGCCCACACCUCGAAUGGCGGCGUCGACAUGGGUGAAGGGGGUGGUGGGGAUCGCGGGCGGAGGCACAUCGCGAUCGCCCAGAACACUGCCAAGUAUGUUCAGGGUGCUGUGGGCUGGAGCGAGGAGGGCAUGAUAGGUCGUAUGCAUCUGUUCUCCGUAACGGUGGCAGAUCGACAAAAAGAACGAGUGCUAGCGGCUGCUGAGCAGAUCUGGGCGACCAUGCGUCGUGGCAGUGUGACGUCUUUUGUCCGUAACCAUGAUGAGCAGUGCGACCAUAUGCAUGCUCUUUGUGCUCCUCUCUUUGAAGUCCCUUGUAUCGCGCUUGUAUACCCAAAUAUCUUGCGCUCUAUAUUUCCCAUCAUGCGCAACAUCUUUACGACCUUCACGCCCACCCUUCGCAACCUCAUCAUCGCCGCCCUCCUCUUCAACCUCGCCGCCUUCAUCGUCUCCCUCGUCGCUAUCGGCAACCGCACCUCCAUCGGCGGACCCAUCCCAACCGCUAUCAACUUCAUCUACCAUGCCGUCAUGCUCGUCUGGCAGUACCGCCUCACCCGCCUCGCUACCACCUCGCCCACCGCCCCCAGCUCCACCCGCGCACAGGACCUCAGCGCUUCCUCCACGGACCUCGCCCCUUCCGCGCCUGGCGCUCCCGCGCACCCUGCGCACCCGGCCCCGCUCUCCGCCUACUCUGCCAUACCGGCGGUCGUCGUUUCGUUCGUGAUCGCGCUGUGGUUCACGUUUGACUUCUCCUUCGGCGUGUUCAUGUGCAUCGCCAACUGGUUUGAGUGGGACUGGAAGGACGGGCCUGCGCCCGAGCGGGUUGAGGCUAUCCUGUAUGCGGCCUUCUCGCUGGGUAUCGCAGGCUCUAUGUGGGGUGUGGGAGGUCGCGGAGUGCAUGAAAAGCGCAUGCGCGCGAAGGAGAUGCGUGCCCAGUAUGCUCUGUACCAGGUCGAGAGGCAGCGCGCCAUGGCCUGAGCGGUCUUUGAUACGACUUAUCAGACGAUGCUUCAUGAUCAUGAUGCAUGAUGGACACUUCGAACUCGUCGAGCCUUCCUUGAACGAUCUAUUUUAUUCCGCCCCUACAGCUCCCACUGAACGCAAUGAUGAUGUUCUAAGAGUCUGGCAUGUCCAUAACCAGCGCUUACGAUUGCAUGGUGCGCCGCAAAUGCACGCCAACCAAGAGCAUCCGUCACCUGCUUUACUACUGUAAGGCCUGACUCGAAGAUCGAACUAGAUGAUGGCCAAAUGCAGGCGACGCCAUUGUAGCCGCCCAACGGCGAGGUGAUGGAGAGGUUGGUCUCCGG